AUGCAGCAACCGCAGCUGGCGGAGACUGAGCAUCAUCGCAAGAGGCAGGCAGGGGUUGCGAACGCGCGUGUGCUGGGCGCGCCGGCGGUGGCACCGGGAGCGGAGGCUGCGCGCAGCCUGGACACCUGCCCCACGCCCUCCUGGGGCCGGGCAGCAGGCCAGAACCCAGUCGCGGCGGCGGCUGGAGACCCGGAGCCCUCGGGGAUGGAGAUGGGGGUUGCUGAGGGAGUUCGGAAGGAGGCCAGGAGGGCUGGUGGCUUGGGGGGCGAGGGGCGAGGGGCGCGUUUGGGAUACGCCAGGGCCGAGCGGGGACGCGCUAGCGCGGGAGUUGCAUUGUGGGAAGGAAGCUGGGAGAGGAUGGCGGCCGGAGUGGUGGGUCCGCGCGUAGCCCCGCGAGUCACGGGCAGCGAGGGAACGGCGUGUCGGCUCCCGGGACAGCAACAAAAUACCGGGGUUGCCGGGGGUGGGGCGAAGUGGCCAGAGCCCCGGGGCGCGCCAGCACCCCUGGACACCCUUUGUGCGUAACCCGCCGACGGAGGCGGCUCCCCUCUUCCGGAUACCUCGCCAGCCCUCCCUGAGAUCUGUGCUGGGGGACUUUCUUUGGGGGAUUGGGUGGUUUUGCUGGACUGCAGGUGGGCUUCGGCCCGCGGGGAGACCCCACGUGAUCCCGGCCCUGGGGCCCGGCGCGUCUGGGUUCACGGAACCGGGCGCUCGAAAUCGGGGGUCAGCGUGGGGCGAGAGAGCAGGUUGGAGGAGACUGGGACAGCUGGGCCCGUUUCCCUUUCUUUUGCUCUCUCUUUGUUCCAGGCACAGCUCCUUUGCACUGACUGGACACUUCCUUGCAGGGACGUGUGUUUCCUUAAAAUGGCGACAGGAAAUCCCACCUGCGCGCCAGCCAAUUAGACUGUCAGCACCGCGCGAAUUUGCGGGGUGGAAACUCGAGCCUUUUAUUGACGGGAAUGGUUCCGUCUCCGUGUUCCAUCAAAACAGGAAAGGGAAGGUGAAUCAUCAUUCAAAAAUUAACCUACCUGGAGAAUUUCAAGCGGGCAGACCGAGUAGUCUGUGCCAUGGAGGGGCUAUGGUUUUUUUAAUCAUCGCUGGAAAAACGAGAGGACAACCACACUCCUCACAGCUGACUAAAAUCCUCAUUGCCUCGGAUGGCAUUAAAUGGUCUUCAUUAGUUCAACAGGGAAUGUCUGAGAACCACCUUCAGAAGGCCCGCUCUUGAAUAAACCCAAGAAACUGAAAGGCAGGGCAAAUAGUAGGAGGAAGGUGGUGGACAGCCUCGCCCCACAGACCUGCGAUGAAUUCUGCCUGACACUGCUUCUCUCACCUGCUUCGCUUUUGUCCUUAGUCCUGUUUCCCAAUUUGUAAAAAAAAAAAAAAAAAAAAAAAAGGAGGUUAGUGCUACCACAUCGUACCAAUAUUCUACAAGUCACCAAAAAAAAAGUUGGUUCUUCUCCCCCUUCCUUCCUAGAGGAAGUUAAUGUAGAAAGAAAUUACCCAUUUUUAAGUAGUGUGCACCUUGCGGGGAAGAGAUCAUUCUUACUAUGAAUAAGGUAAGAGAUCUGAAUAGGCUAAGUAGGUAGAGGGCGAGCAUAACUCCAUAAGCCUGUCGAGAUGUUUACCUUAUUGAGCAGACUGUGUAUCUGCCAGAUACAGCAUGUGUAGCUGAUCUCAAGCUUCUCUUUUGAUGACAGUUUUAACUUAUCUGUUCAUUUCUGUGCACCCAAGACUGCAGCUGAGGAGCAUUUUUCAAAUUGGAUUCAGUGGUGAUGAAUGGGACUUCAGUCCUUGCCCUCUACUGCGUUAAGCACUUUAUAUGUAAAUAUUAUCACAUUUCAUCCUUCCAGCUACUCAAGUGUUACCUUGUUUGUAUAAAUAAGAAAGCAGGUUUGAAGAGACUGUGUUGGACAUGUUCACUUAAGACAAUAAGUGGUGAAAGAGGAUGUGAGAAGUGAUUCCUGUUCAGGUCUGAAUUCAAAGUCCGCGCUCAGACUUAUCCGGGAUGCUACAGCCAUUUGCAACUAGCCACUCUCGGGCCUCAAAGAGUGUGGAAAGAACUUCACCCCUUAUCUGAAUGUUAGUUGACAACUGGAACUGGAGUGUAGACAUCAACCCUGAGGCUGAAGUGGAGACGCCGGGGAGGAAAGUGGGGGUGGGGUUCAGGACAAGUACCCCAUCACUUCAGUGAGACUUACCCUUCAGGCUACUUGUGGGGGAAACUUUCUUUCAGAGGUCCUUUCAGUAGCUCGGCGCUUAAACCCAGUUGCUGUGGUCUCGAAUGGGGGCAAGGGGUGUCACAGUGAUGCUGCUGCUGCUCACUGUGUGCUUCCCGAGAGACAAACAACAGGAUAAGCACCUUACAGAUGGUCCCUCAUUUAAUCCUCCCAUCAUUCCUAAGAGUGCAGACCGUCCUAAUCCCUGAUUCACAGGCUUGGGAGUUUAUUCCACGUCCAUUCAGCAAUAAUUGGCAGAUCUAGGUCUAGCAUCCAGAGCUGACUUCAAAGCCAGCUCUAAAAUGUUCCUUUUAUGCUGAAACAACCCUCUUCGGAGGGCCAGGAGGCAGGAUGCAUACCAACCCCAUUACCUUCAUAUGAGGACCACUGCCCUGUUUCCAGAGAGCCCAGGGAGCCAGUUUGCUCUGUCAUAGGUUUGUGAGCCCCAAGGCCUUUUUUUUUUUUCUUCUUCUUCUUUUUCUUUUUCUUUUUA